AUGAAUAACACGAGAAUAAAUCAUUUUUGGCCAUAUGCACUACGUGGUAGUGUAACAUUGAUAAUUGAAAAUACGACAAUUGAAAAUUUUGAAAAAAUAAUUUAUCGUAAUUUACGUCAUAGUAUAGCAAAAAUAAUUCGUCAAUAUUGUUUAAACUAUGAAUCAAAUUGUUUAAGUAAAGAUAUAGAUUCAAUUAGAGCCGAUCAUGUUAUUGUUCAAAGUUAUGAAGAAGAAUUAGAGGAUCAUCGUUUAUAUGUAGCAAUAUUUAUUAAAGAUCCUUAUCGUCAAUCAAUAGCUCUUACAAAUGAUCAAUUUUUACUUGCACUUAAACGUUAUGAACAAGAGAUUUAUCAAGAUAUAAAACAUCAUAUUCAUCUACCAUCAAAUAUAUUAGAACAGAGUACAUUAGAUCCAAUAUGGUUAUAUGGUGUUUGUUUACUUGCUUUAUUUAUACUUAUUGUUGUUCUUCUUAUAUUAAUUCUUAUUUUAGCAAAAAAAACAUUUUAUUCAACAAAUCAAAUUCAUCAAAAUAAACGAAAGGAUAUAUCUGAUAAAAAACAAAUACCUGAUAGAACUAGUCUUUUAAUAUCAACACCGUUACAAUUAGCUGUUGAAGAAGAUGAACGAAUUUCUUCGACUUUAUAUAAUGAAACUGAUAGUUCACAAGCAUCAAAUUCAACUGUAACAGCUAAUUUACUGCCACUACCAACAACAACAACAUCAUGUUAUGAUUGUCCAAAAGAUCAUACAUCUUAUUUUAAUAGCAAUAUUGAAACAGCUAUAAAACAACGUCUUGGUAGUGAUGAUACUGAUCCAAUACCAUUUAUUGAUGAUAAUCUUUCUUCAGCUCGUAGUAGAAAAAGUAGUGCAUGUUGGAGUGAUCGGACAAGUUUAAGUAGUCGAUUUAGUUUAGUAUGGAAAUUAAAUGCAAUGCGUUCAGGUUCUAAUAAUCGUUCAACAUUAUCAAAUGGAAAUGAUAAACGACGAAGAUAUCAUCAUCGAACUAUGCGAUAUACAAUGUCAUCAUCACGACAGAAUCAAUGUCGAGAUGAAUUAUAA